AUGAGCGUGCCUAGUAACUUCCCCGGCUCUCCCUUGGCCAACCUUUUUAUGGACCUCGGCAAUGUGCCACCCAGUGUGCAUCGACUGCUACAGCGUUUUGUUAUGGAAGACGGUGUCAUUGUGGGCUGGGGAUCCGGCUGUAAUGGCGAACUUGGCACCACCUAUCGUUGCAACCUUCUUACCCCGUUGAUGGUUGGGGGUCGUGACAAGGCUUUACGGAUCGGGUGCUCCUCAACCUCCUCCGUAUGGCUGGGGUCGCGGGGUACAGUCAUCACAAUGGGCAGCGGGCGGUGGGGGGAACUUGGGGUUCCCAACCCGAAGCUGUGUCCGCUCGUCACCGCCACCGAGAAUGGACUUCCCAUUGCCAUUUUACAGAUUGAGUUGCCCACCUUUCCAAGGGAGGAUAUGCUUAUAGAUGUUCAAGGUGGUUUUGCCUUUCUUGCCGCCUUGUCGGUGCGGGGAGACGUUUUUCUCUGGGGCGCAAACAACUACCUUCAAUGCUCGCCCAAGGAGGAAAUUAAGUGUUCUCCCACAGCACAACGUCGCACCAUUCGAGGUGAAAAAGUGAUUCAAGUGGCGUGUGCAAACUUUACGGUUCUUGUACUCACCGCAUCCGGUUCCGUCUACGGUUGGGGACACACAUUUCUCCUCGGUGAUGAGAGUGACGUGCUUGAGCAGGUGCCGGGCGAGUUCGUGGUUGGACUCAAGGUCGGUUCCGAGAAUCGGAUGGUGGUGAGUGAACCGGUCAAGAUAAAGGCGCUAGAAGACAAAUCUAUAACACUUUUGCGAAUGGGGCCGUGGCAUGCCGUGGCGGUUAGCACGGAUGGUCAGGCAUACACAUGGGGACUUGGGAGAAAUGGGGCGCUUGGCCAUGGAAGUGAGAGUGACGUGACAACGCCAAAGCUUAUUACAACGAUUGACUCCAAAGUCACAGAGGUGGCGUGCGGUAGUUUCCAUACCUGCUUUGUGACUGCCAAAGGUUUGGUCUAUGCCUGUGGCGACAACCAAGCAGGACAGUGCGGGGUCAUGGGUGAGAUGAAGAUCACCACCUGUCGUUGCAUGUACGUCCCUUCUUGUCAUAAAGUGAUAUCGGCUACGUGUGGGCGGCACCACACCUUGCUUCUUCUAGAAACAGGGGAGGUUGUUUCCUACGGGACAGGUCUAGGCUUAGGCAUAGGUGCUGGGUACAGCAUGCGCAUGGUGCGUGGCUAUCACAUCUUGGACAAUUACACAACAUUAUGGAUUUCUGGCGGAUCCUGCCAUAACUUUUCCUUGGCGAUACCCAAAACCUUGUCCCUGCUCGUACUUGGGGUUCCACACGGCGAUGUUCCCCCGGCACUUCGAGUGAUUGAGUUAAAGGAUGGAUUGUUAGGUGCGGGUUUGGGGCAAGGCUUUUCCAUUUUGCUGACGCGACGUGGCUCCUGCUACAGCAUGGGACUCGGUGGCUGGGGCCAGCUAGGCGUUGAUGUUCGUCACGUGAAGGACUUUACCUCAGAAAAGGUGCCUGUGAUGCGUCAUGCCAUGCGUGUGGGGUAUUUCUUUCGGACGACGAUCGCGCAGGUUGCUGCUGGCGUUUGCUUUGCUGCGGCCCUCAGUGAGAGUCAACGUGUGUUUACCUGGGGAAGCAACACCUACGGCCAGUGUGGACUUGGUGUGAACCCAAAACAUUAUCGAAUAAUAAACGAACCCCGCGAGAUCAAGUGGUUAGCCGAUAAGUUAAUCAUUCAAAUUUCCUGUGGCUGCUUCUUUGGCCUAGCCCUCGCCAUCACGGGCGAAGUGUACGCCUGGGGCAUUAUUGAGUGCUGUGGUAACGGGCUGCAACCCCUGCCCUCCGUUGUGCCUCCAAACCUUAUCCAGACUCAAGUGGGACCUGAGAGCCAGGCCAGCGUGCUGAUGCCGGUAAAGAUAUCGGGUUUAUUUGGUAUUGUCUCGGUAGCCGCGGGGGCGUGGCAUGGCGUGGCGUUGAAUGCGCUUGGAGAGAUAUUCACCUGGGGCAUUGGCACCUGCGGUCGUCUAGGGCUUGGGACAAUGGAGGAUCGUUAUGUUCCCUGUAAGGUGUCCACUCGCGUUCACUUUGCGCGCAUUGGCUGCGGCCCCUUCUCCAGCUUUGGUCUCACCGACGAGGGAAACAUGUACGCCUGGGGGGCAAACGAGCGGCAGCAGCUGUCCAUGUCAGGCGACUGUGUGAUGUUCCCAACGCACGUCCUCGAUGGCGUGAAGGAGGCGGUGAUGGGGCGACACUACACCCUUGCACUGACGCGCGGAGGCGAGCUUAGGUUCUCCGGGGUCCUGGAUGGCGAGGAGGGCCAACGGGUGAGUCACUCCUUUCGCGACACAGAGGCGCUGCCGCCCCUCAUCUCCCCGGCCGGCCUGGAGAAGGGCGGCCACCGCGCCGUGCGCGUGUUUGGCGGCGUCGAUCAUGCCGUGGUGCUGGUGGAGAGGCGCACCAUCGACCCUGCCGUGGUCACCGGCCUGCACUACGCGUUGCGGGAGCAGCCGAAGCGCAUCAUCACCCGCCUCAUCAAUUAG